UGAAGUGGUCAGGAAGCAGACAGGUGCAGCUCAUUAAUGCACUCAGUCAGUUUCCAUGGGAUUCAGUUCUCAUAGUUACACUAAUAAACUCCUGUUACUGAGAGAAGCUACAGAGGUGUGAUGAGCACUGAAGCUCCACCAUCAGUGGCUGAAAGAAAAUCACUAAACAGAUCACUAAUGGUGUUUUUUUAAAGACACAAGUCUAAUAAGCAGGUACUUUCAUGUCCUUUGAUGGUGUAGUGGUUAAGAGCACAGCCCCUGGUCCAUGAUGUCCCUGGGUUAACUCUGACCUUUGGCUUUUUGUUUGUUAUUGGAUGCAGACCAAAAGAGAAACGGUGAUUAAAACCCUCUGCUAGUAUGCGAUCCUGUGGCUCAGUUGGAUGAACUUCGCCGCUGGGUUGAGAGGUUGCCGGUUUGUACCCUGGCCAGGGCUCCAAAAUAAAACUCCAGAAGGUUCAGGAGAGCGAGAAGGUAUCGGAGGGCAUAACCUGAGAUGGGGGGCAAUAUCCGGGCAGCUGCCCCCCCGAAUGUGAGGAGAUCAAUACAGUAGGUUAUGGAGCAGAAUACCAGAGGUUCGACUUAGUUUUUCUGCUGAAAUCUCUAUAUAUGCAAAAACUAUCACCCACACUUUUUUUCAGGUUUUCAAACACCAUUUACACCAACCUUCUGUUCACUACACCAACCCAAUCUAUUCCUUUCUCAAAUCUCAGGAUGUGAGCCAGGACAAGCCAGAUUUGAACCAGCAACCUCUGAGCUUAGAGGUAAGGCUUUUACUACAAAGCCAUCAUGUCCUACCCUAACACUCCUAACACCACCAAUCCAAAAAAAAAAGGAGAGAUGUCUCCCUCUAGUGGACAAUGAGUAAACCAGCUAUUUCUUUACAUUACUGACAACUUCUACUAUCAGAACAGAAGCAGAUGGACUUUAAAUCUCGCUCAGGUUCAACAUCAACAGGACCGACAAAGUUCCCUGUUUGCUAAUUCUACAACCAAACCAUGCGUCUCAAAACCUGGGACACAUUUUCACAAACUAUGCAAACUUUAUUUUACAAACUGAAUCUCUGUCUGAAGAUGAACAAAAACCAAAUAGUGACAAUUUAAAGAGAAUAGAAAGAAAAGAGCAUCAUAAGUACACACAUUCCUGCAAAGCCACACAAACACUUACACUCUGGACUUACCCCAAGAUGAAGGGCGGCAACAUCAGCUCCUGCUUCGAGGAACAAUGGUGGAUCUGAAGUGCUUUUUAGAGAGGAAAGAUGCAUUGUGUUUGUGCCUGAAGGACGAGAGACUUGAGAAGGAUCAUGGAGCAUGAGGUACGCCUGCUAAUGUGUUUCAUUGUCAGAGUGACACCUGACCUCCCUGUGCUUGUGUGUGCAUGUAAUAUAGAGAACGUCUCAUUUUUCUCAUUCGAACAAAGUGGAACAGCUGCUGAAGGUCGAAAACUUUACUAUCAAGGUUUGUUUUAAAUUUAGGACGUCACUCUUUUAUAUUGUGUGUAUUUGGGAUAGAAUAAUGUAUAUGUACAUUAGAAUUAACAGGCUAAUUAACAUCUGCUGUUCUCUAUUUGUGUCUAUUUGUGUAUCUGAACCUGGACCAAAGCUUGUGUCCUUUAUCUCCUCUAAAAUGAAGUCCACUACAAAGUGCAUGCCUGGAGCUCUCUCAGUAAACACUAAGAUCAUGACUAAGCCGGGAUUUCCUGACUGUGUAUACAUACAAGCGGCUGAUGCUUUCCAAGCCUCCUGUAUGGAGAACACUACGGAGGACCGGAUGAUCCAUUAUUCCCCCAACCCUCAGCCUGCUACUGGAAACGCUGCCACUGACAAGCACAAAGCAAAACAAAACAAGCUUUGGGCUUAUGAGCUGGCGUUCAACACUCUGAAAUUCCAGGUGCUCUUGGAGGACGUCCUGAUCGACAGCUGCUUCCAGGCCAAUCAGCAACUGCCAGAUGAUCUAAUGGCCCUGGCGAUGGUCAUGCUGUAUGACGUACAUGACCGGAAGUUCCAGAUCAGAGAGCCAAUGACAGGAGAAGGGGAGGGGCUUAUAGAGGAUGUGAGGCUGGUGGAAGAAAGCCUCUAUAGGUUUAGGACUAAGCUCGUGGCCUCACUGGCUCGCUUUAGAAUAAAGCACAAUCUGGUGUGUGUCGAUGACAUUCUGCCAAAAUGUGUGAAGGAAAAACACCAGAGAAAAGACAAACUACUUACCUGUGCCUGGGUUAACACACUCAAGAGCAGCGUUGAUGAAGUGUGUGUGAUGCUGAAGACACAGGGCUUCAUCCAGGUGGAUCCAAACACACAUUUACAAGGGAGUGUGUUUUGUAGGGACACACACUGUCCCGAGGUCCUGCUGUUUCCACACCAAGCACAAGAACAUUUAGAAAAGAUGACAUUAAUAAGGGAUCACACACUAAUAAUACAGGUAACACACACCCACACACACACACACACACACACACAUUCAUGUCCUGUGUACUCUAUGAGAGUAUGUAUUAUGCAGUGUGUGUUUGUUAAAGGAGAGUCCCGUAGUCUGGCUGUGUGUGCACUGCGCCCCCUGUUGGCCAAAAACACAGACAUUCUGAUAGUAGGAUCGUUCUCUGCACUCACUGCGGCUCACGUAGGCAUCCAGGCUUCUGUCUUCUCCAACCACGUCUUUGUCUGUGGGCUCCCGUCUGACUCUACCCACAGGGAGGAGCUACAGGAGACACUGUCUCUCAUUGGCUGCAAAAACUUUCGCUUGCUAUCAGAGCAGUUUUCGGAUCUGAGCGAAGGCGACUCACGUCUCCAGAAGGUCCAAGUGGUUCUCGUGCUGCCCCGGUGUACAGCUUCAGCCCUCUCUGACCCUAUAGCACAUAUUAUUAACGAGGAUGGAGACAGAAAGUUGCUGCAGGAUCUGUCUCAGGACACUGUUUCAGACACAAAACUGGAGUCCCUGGUACAAAAACAGAUACAAGACCUGAGCCACGCCCUGACCUUUCCCAGGGUGCGGGGUGUGGUCUACUGCACAUGCUCAGUCUAUGCAGAAGAGAACGAGCUGGUGGUGAAAAGAGCGAUCAAGAACGCUGCGGUCAGAACAAAGUCACAGCCAUUUAGGAUAGUAUCUACAGGAUGGACAGACAAAAAGAGGUUCCUAAGACUGCAGGCGUCCGACACCAGCGAGGGCUGUUUUCUCUGUGUGCUGAAACGAGAGGAAACAGAAUCCAUACAGGACAUACUGGAACGCGCAGCAGCCAAAGGUCUCCUAAACGGACUCGCGCUUCCUGAAAAAGGCAAGCAAUCAAAAAAAAAAGAAAAACAAAAAGGAACUCCAGGGACUCCCCUUCCUCCUCCUCAACACGCCCCCGCAAUCACCAGUGACCCAAAUACAUCUGAAAACCUCCAACCUUCAUCCACUAUCCCAGAAGGUGCCCUGAAACACACCCAGGACUCACAGUGUCCUUCUCCAACCUCUCAGAUUGACAUCUCUGCACAUCCGAAUGGCGUAGAGAGUCAGGCUCCCAAAGCUCAGCGAAAGAAAGCUCGCAGGAGGAAAUCUAGAGCAGCAAAAAACAUCCGAGGAGCAAAAAUCAAGACUGGAACAACACUCAAACGCAGGACACGAUCUCCCCAUGUGAAACCGCGUCAUGUUCAACCUGUGUGAGAAAUAAAAACCCCCACACAACACAAAUCGUAGAAAAACAACAGGAAUAAAAUGAUUAAAUUCCAUUGGUCCAGACUGUAAAUAAAGAGAAAGGAGUUGAGGAGUAUUUCUGAUAUGCCGUUUAUUCUCACAACAGGUUACAUUUAGUUUGGGGUACAAAGUGGUGUAGAGGAGAAGCCAUUGUUUCCACAAGAAUGUGACAGUCUGUAUGUGAGUGUGUGUCUUUGUGUAUGAGAUUAUUAAGUGUGUGAGUGACCAAGAAUUCAUCUCUCUACUGAAUCAGACCGCAAACUAAACCCCGUGAAUCUUCAUGCUCCAUUCGCUCAGUUGAAGCAUGGCCACGUGAUGAUAACACUUACAAUGAAAACAGGAGGGGAAAUCUUUUACACGUGUACAAAUAAUAAUGAGAGGAGAAGUGCAGCAGAGCUUCAUUAAAGCAUGAAACACACAUUUAAAGAACGGAAUGAUCUCAUUAGAAUUGAUCGGUAGAGGAGAAAUAUAUGGCUCAAAAAAAAAAGAAAAGAAUGUAGAUGGUCAUCAUUUCAUCUUUCCUUCCUUAUUUCUCAUUAUGGAGUGAUGGAUUUUGUUUGGUGCGAGCCACAAUGAGGAGAAUGUCCAAGCAUAGAAUAGAUUACGACGAUAUAAAAUAGAAUAAAUAAAAUAAAAAAUAUCUUUUUUUUUUUUUCCUUUCAGUCCAACGUCCAAUUAUUCUUCUGAAAUCGGCCGGUUUUUUAUUCCCUCGGAUCGUCCUGGGAGCUAAAAGAAUGCAUAGAAUAGACACUCACGACCCCCUUCUUAUUCACCGUAAAAUAAAUUCUCACUUUCGCCCUUUUUUUCUGUCCAUUGAUUUAUCUACAACACGCACAAUGUUUUUUUUUUUUUUUUUUUUUUUUUUUACAGUUUGGCCAGAAUGUGUUCACAAAACAUGCGGAGGCAAAUAAUAUAAGAAAAAUACUAAAGAAUCUGAGAAAAAUAGUAAUACUAUAUAUAUUUAUAUAUUUAUAAAAAAAAAAAAAAUAGCUUAUGAGUUGAUAUGCAUUUGCAAAGUAUUGGAUAUGGAUACUGUGUAUACACACACACGCACGCACGUGUGACACUAGACUACAUCUGACACAGAAGGAAGGAUUAGAAACUCCAGAGUGCAGCGAGUUGACAGAUAAGAUGAUGUCAUCAAUUAAAAGAAAAGUCCACCCUAAAACUAAAGCGCCGCUGCAUCACUCUCUGUGAAUCAACAUAAAGACAGAGUGCACCACUUAUGUGCAGGCAGGUAAACGGCAUUAUGGGUAAUUAUAUUAUUAUUAUAGGUUAUGAUAUGCAGCACGUUCAGGGUGGAGGUUUCCUUUGAACAUGGAUUUAGACACCGGAAAUGGCUUCUCGUCCGUCCUUUCACCUGGAAGCCUUGCUCAGAGACACCGAGCUUCUCGGCGUGUGGACGCGAGUCCGUCUGUAUUGUCUUGUCUUCUGCACAAUGUCAUCACGUCGGCCUUCGUGUGUGUGUUACAACAUUCAAGUCAUAAACAAGCUUAGAACAGAAAUGAAAAGGGGAGGCGAUAUAUAUAUAUAUAUAUAUAUAUAUAUAUAUAUAUAUAUAUAUAUAUAUA